GGCGCGAAGCGGAGCGGCGGCGGAGGGGUUGGCUCGUCUCGCACCGCCGACGGUGUUUUCCCUACGUCAGCCUCUGGCCGCGGGAUCGCGAGCGGCGGGAGCGAGCGGGGGAGAAGGGCGGGGUGUGUGUGUGUGUGUGUGUGUGUGUGUGGGUGGGUGCUGCGUCAGUGCCGCGCGCGUGCUCGCCGCGGGCGCGCGCCCCGCCAGCCCGGGGGCCCCCGCGGGGUGGCGAGGAUGACCGAAGGGGCGGAGGCGGCGGCCGCGCGUUGAGCGGAACCUGCCGAAGCCCUCGCUAUGGGGCCGCGCGCGCUCUCGCCCCUUGCCUCUCUACGAUUAAGGUGGCUGCUGGUGUGUGGCUUGCUGGGCCCAGUCCUCGAUGCCCGGCGGCCAGACUUUGAACAGACCGUCCAUCUUUCUUCUUAUGAAAUUAUAACUCCUUGGAGAUUAAAUAGAGAAAGAAGAGAAGCUCCGAGGCCCAAUUCAAAGCAGAUCUCUUACGUCAUCCAGGCCCAAGGAAAACAGCAUAUUAUUCACUUGGAAAGAAACACAGACAUUUUACCUAACGAUUUUGUAGUUUAUACCUACGAUGAGGAAGGCUCCCUACUCUCUGACCAUCCCAACGUACAGAACCAUUGUCAUUAUCGAGGCUAUGUGGAGGGAGUGCAGAAUUCCGCAGUUGCUGUGAGUGCCUGCUUCGGACUCAGAGGAUUGCUGCAUUUGGAGAAUGCCAGUUUUGGAAUUGAACCACUGCACAACAGCUCACACUUUGAGCACAUAUUUUACCCAAUGGAUGAUGUCCACCAGGAGCCUCUGAGAUGUGCAGUCUCUAACAGGGACGCAGAGAAGGAAGCCACGCAGGGGGAUGAGGAAGAGCAUCUGAGUGUGGCUCACCUGCUGCGUAGAAGAAGAGCUGUCCUACUCCAGACCCGCUAUGUGGAGCUGUUCAUUGUUGUAGACAAGGAAAGGUAUGACAUGAUGGGACGGAACCAGACAGCCGUGAGAGAAGAGAUGAUUCGCUUAGCUAACUACCUGGAUAGCAUGUACAUCAUGUUAAACAUUCGAAUUGUGUUGGUUGGACUAGAAAUUUGGACAGAUAGAAAUCCUAUCAGUAUAAUUGGAGGAGCUGGAGAUGUGUUGGCCAACUUCGUUCAGUGGCGGGAAAAGGUUCUUAUAACGCGUCGGAGACAUGACAGUGCACAGUUGGUUUUGAAGAAAGGCUUUGGUGGAACAGCAGGAAUGGCGUAUGUAGGAACAGUAUGUUCAAGGAGCCACGCAGGUGGGAUUAAUGUGUUUGGGCAAAUCACUGUGGAGACAUUUGCAUCAAUUGUUGCUCAUGAAUUGGGACAUAACCUUGGAAUGAAUCAUGAUGAUGGGAGAGAGUGUUUCUGUGGAGCAAAGAGCUGUAUCAUGAAUUCAGGAGCAUCAGGGUCCAGAAACUUCAGCAGUUGCAGUGCAGAGGACUUUGAGAAGUUAACUUUGAAUAAGGGAGGAAGCUGCCUGCUUAACAUCCCGAAGCCUGAUGAAGCCUACAGCGCACCUUCCUGUGGGAAUAAGCUGGUGGACCCCGGGGAGGAGUGCGACUGCGGCACACCAAAGGAAUGUGAGUCGGACCCGUGCUGUGAAGGAAGCACUUGUAAGCUCAAGUCAUUUGCUGAGUGUGCAUAUGGCGACUGUUGUAAAGAUUGCCAGUUCCUUGUAGGAGGCUCCAUAUGCAGAGGAAAGACCAGUGAGUGUGAUGUCCCUGAGUACUGCAAUGGCUCCUCUCAGUUCUGCCCGCCAGAUGUCUUCAUUCAGAACGGAUAUCCUUGCCAGAACAGCAAAGCCUACUGCUACAAUGGCAUGUGCCAGUACUAUGACGCGCAGUGUCAGGUCAUCUUUGGUUCAAAAGCAAAGGCCGCCCCAAAAGAUUGCUUCAUUGAAGUGAAUUCUAAAGGUGACAGAUUUGGCAACUGUGGUUUCUCUGGCAGCGAGUACAAGAAGUGUGCCACCGGGAACGCUCUGUGUGGGAAGCUUCAGUGUGAGAAUGUACAGGACAUACCGGUGUUUGGAAUAGUGCCAGCUAUCAUUCAGACACCCAGUCGAGGCACCAAAUGCUGGGGUGUGGAUUUCCAGCUUGGUUCCGAUGUUCCAGACCCAGGGAUGGUGAAUGAAGGCACCAAAUGUGAUGCUGGGAAGAUUUGUAGGAAUUUUCAGUGUGUAAAUGCUUCUGUCCUGAAUUAUGAUUGUGAUAUUCAGGGAAAAUGUCACGGCCACGGGGUGUGUAACAGCAAUAAGAAUUGUCACUGUGAAGAUGGCUGGGCUCCCCCACACUGUGACACCAGAGGAUAUGGAGGAAGCGUGGACAGUGGGCCGACGUAUAAUGCAAAGAGCACGGCACUGAGGGACGGACUUCUGGUCUUCUUCUUCCUAAUCAUCCCCCUUGUUGCGGCUGCCAUUUUCCUCUUUAUCAAGAGAGAUGAACUACGGAAAACCUUCAGGAAGAAGAGAUCACAAAUGUCAGAUGGCAGAAAUCAAGCAAAUGUCUCUAGACAGCCAGGAGGUCCAAAUGUGUCCAGACCGCCAGGGGGCCCAAGUGUCCCCAGACAGCCAGGAGGUCCAGGUGUCUCCAGACCGCCACCUGUGCAUGGAAACAGAUUUCCAGUACCAACCUACGCCUCCAAGCAGCCUGCACAGUUUCCAUCAAGGCCACCUCCACCACAACCGAAAAUAUCUUCUCAGGGAAAUUUGGUUCCUGCUCGGCCUGCCCCUGCGCCUCCUUUAUAUAGCUCCCUCACCUGAUAGGAGAAUAGUAGAAUCCUAGUUUUCAAAUGUCUUCAGGGAACUGAGCAAAUGUUUUUUUUUUUUUUUUUUCCUGAUGUUUUCUUGAAAAGCCUUUCUCUUCCAACCAUGAAUGAACACCACCCACCACAAAACAAGCUUUAUUAACACAGGAGCCUAGUGGGAUAGGGAAUACAGGACCGUGCAGGCACUCCGGGGAAUUGAAAACAAACAUUUCCAUCAUUCGGAGUGUUUUCUUUGGCCAUUUGUGAAUUUAAUGCACUUGAUGUGGAUUAAGUUAUUUUGAACAUGUUACUGUAAUGAUUCUCAAAUUAACUGUAUUGUAAGAUUUGUCACUAUGCGCUUAAACGUAAUCCUGACUUUUUGACCCCAGUUACCAUUGUUUCUGGUUGAACAUUUGAACAUGUAUUAACUUAGGAAGACUAAUUGCCAAUAGCAUUUGCAUUUUCAUCUUGCAUGGAUUAACAGCCAUUUAUAUGGACUUAUGUCUCUUAAUCCACAAAGAAGCAGCUAUCCGGAAGGAGAACAUACAAGAACCACGGUCAGCCGAUCACAGUACCCUUGGAAAGUGUGGGAUAUGGUGUACACUCAGUGAUUGGCUUCCAUUUUUAGUGAUCUUUAAACUAUAAUAACUAGGAUAGAAGUCAGUUUAACACAAUCAGUUAUGGGCUUCCAUUUUUAAAUAUCUUUUCAACUAUAAUGACUAUGAUAGGAACUGAUUUAACUCAAAAUUUUCUUUAUGCAUCAUGGUAAAGCAUUGCAAUAGUGUUGUUUCAACUGACGUGCACACUCUAUGGUACGAGGUGUUUAGUAUACCCAAGCAGAUAGGUGUUGAUCGAAUAGGAGCACGGAGAAUACCUUCCAACAGUUGAGGUGUUACAAAACCACUUGAGAAUUCAUGAGCACUUUAACUCUAAAAUCUGAAUUUCAAAGCUUGAUAUUAAGUCAUUUAGAAUGUUUACAUUUACUGAGGUGUGCUGGCUCCUGUCUCUCUUGACUAAUAUUUUCAUAAAAAUUAGGCUGGAGAAGAAAAGAAGCAUGGUUUCCUUAGGUAACUCCAGAAGUUAGAUUGGUCUCUGUGAUUACUCUCUCAGCUGUAUUAAAAUGAAUUUGUACUUUGAAAGGAAUGAUAUUGACACUAAAAUUUUAAACAUUUAAAUUUUUUCAUAAUCUUUCAUAAAGAAGUUUAAUAAUAGGUAUAUUAACUGAAUUUCAUUAGUUUUUUAAAAUAAUAUUGUUUGUGUAUAUAUACAUAUUAAAAUAAAAACAUUUACAACAAAUAAAAUACUUGAAA